AUGGCGACUCCUGCGCCCCGUCAGCGUCGCUUGUCGUCGUCGCCGGCCACAACGUCGAGUCUCACGGAUGAUGCCACAAGUGUUACGGAUGGAAGUGGCGGCACCCCGUCGGUACUCGUCGGUCUGCCAAGUUCCUCGCGUGAUUUGCUGCAGCGGAUUGAGCGGCAGAAGGAUGAGAUUCGAAUUCUGCAGGAGGAGAACACACGACUGCGGGGACGAGAGGUGGAGGUGUCGGCACUCACACUUCGUCUGCAGCAGCAGUUCGCCGCCACGCAGUCGCAGGUGGAUCGUCUCAAGUCGCAAAUACGAAUGGAGUUGAUGAACCCCGUGACGGAGGAGGAGUAUCAUGCGAUUGACUCGUUAGAAGAGGGAAAGCGGGAUCUCCUCGAUACGGUGAGACUUGGUAUCUAUCAACAGCUGGGAACGAUGCGGGCCUCAAAGGAUACAGCAGUGAAACGGGCAACAGAAUUGGCAACAGAAACGGCACGUCUCACCGGUGAAAACAAGGAAUUGCAACAGCGAUUGAAGGAAUUAGAGGCUGUUGUGGAGGCGGAGAGGCAAUCGUUUCGUCGUCAACUACAAGAAGCAGAACAGCGCGGCAGUACGGUUGUGGAGUUAGAAGGCAAAUCACGUGAUUUGGAAGCCAGACUGCGUAAUGCUUAUAUGGAUCAGGAACAGUUUCUCACCGCAAAAUUAACUGCUUCUAUAAAAACGGAAGAGGCCACGCGGCUUUCGGUUCGGUUGCGUGAGGCGGAAAUGGAAGCAGAGCGGUACAAGACGAGUGCAGAAUGCUCGGAACAAAAAUUAGACAUAUUAAAAUCGGAAUAUUAUGAAUUAAAAUUAAAAAACAGUCAACGUGUGAUGGAACUUGAGGCAUGUCUUAAAGCAGCAGAAGAAAAGCUUAAGACACUUUCAGAUCUUGAGUUGGAAUCAGAGUUAUUUAUAUCGAACUUGGCGCAGCAGAGUGAUGGGCAGAUCUCACUUGCUGCUCCUGUGGCUGUGACGAAUGCAGUCAGUGGUGGUCCUAGUGGCUCACAAACUGCACCUACAUCUGUGAACGCUUUAAACAAUUAUGAGAGUUGGUUAGCCUUACCGCGUUCACGCAAACUCGCACAUACUUUAACGGUAACGAAACGAUGUCUACAGCUAGAGAACCGUGUGACAGCAUUGCAGCAUGAUAUUGAGUUUAAAGAUAAGCAAAUCGCACGUCUGCAAGCAUCACUA